UCGACGUCCGAAAGAAAUAAGGGAGAAGGAACGCGGGUCUUUCGGCACAAGGACGAAUAAAGAAAAGCUUGUCAGAACGCAUUUCCAGGCUUCGCUGUAAAAUUUCCGCUGCGUGAGGGCUUUGAAGUGAAAUACUGACCUUAUUUCCUCCUUUUCUUCUCUCUCUCUCUCCAUCUUUUUUUCUUCUUUUCAAGCCGUUCGGCUUCUCUACUACAGCUCUACUAUCACUACAUAACCUCUAAAUUCUCAAAUUCUGUCAUAAACAAGCUGAUUUGCCCAUCGAUGCAAUUUGCCCUAAGCUAUCGCCAAGCUUGGUGGGGUCGCGGAGUUGAUGAAUAAACGCAAGAGGAGUGCGAAUUACCGUUAUGAAAUCCAUGUUGGAUUCUGGGCAGCGUUCUUUCGCCUGAGAGGAGCACCUUAAUUGUUAUGCAAGAUGGCGAUCAGACUCUCCAACGAAAUGCUGCUAUGAUCCCCAGCAUGAUCGGAAUAGAAAAAGAUCUCCGCUUGUCUCAGGUGCCUCACGAUCCUCUGGGAGAAGAAAAAACAAAAGAAAGAAAAAGCUGGGAGAGAAGAGAGAGGAGAACCUUUCUUUGAGGAAAGAAAAAUUAAUAUAGCACCGCCCCAAUAAUGGAGUUUACCAUAACAAGCAGAUCAUCCCCCUUAAAGCCUUGGCCUUUUAAAAGCUAGCUUUGUAUCCUUAACACACACCUCAUCACUCUCUUAUCAUAUAUACUUUCUUCCCCUUGUACUCGGCUUUCGUUUUCGUUUUUCUGGUACCCGACUCAGGGAAUCUUGAUUCUUCUCCAUCCGCAACAACCGCGAUCUGAACCCAAGAAGAGCAGGAACAAGAACACAUCAAGAGAGUUUUGUGUAUGGUGGUUCUACUCUAGUAUCUUCUUCCUCUUUCUAAUUAUAUAUCGCACUUGAUCUCGUUUCUGGGUGGGAGAAGAUGAUGAUGAUGAGAGGGCAAUCUGGGAUGAGCACGAGCUCAUCAAGGUGUCAAGACUGUGGGAACCAAGCCAAGAGGGACUGUGAGUACAGGAGGUGCAGGACUUGCUGCAAAAGCAAAGGCUUUCACUGCCAAACUCACGUCAAAAGCACUUGGGUUCCUGCCUAUAGGAGACACCAGAGACAUCAACAGGAACAGCAACAUCAACAUCUCCUAAACAGCGUUCCUGUUCACCAACAGCGCUCAAUCCAACCCCAAAACCCUAAAAGGCACAGAGACACUUCCACAUUUCCAGGGUUGGGCACUGAAGGGAAUCUUCCUGCAGAAGUGAGCUCAACAGCUACAUUCCGGUGCGUUCGGGUGAGCAUUGAAGACGAUGAUGCAGCUGAGCAUUAUGCGUAUCAGACAUCCGUGAACAUCGGAGGGCAUGCUUUCAAAGGCAUUCUCUAUGAUCAAGGUCCCGACACCUGCUAUGGCACCGCUGCUGGCGAGAGCUCUUCAGGUGAUCCCACCGCCUUACCUAGUAAUAAUGAUGAUAAUAAUCCCGCCAUAUGCACUUUGGCUUCGGCUUCAGCUCCGGAGGAAUCGAUCUAUCCUUGCUCAUAUCCGUUUCCUCUAAGUGCUUCCAUCUCCGGGACGCACUACAUUUUCCCGAAAUCAUAGCACUCGUGCAGUCAAAUUCUCUGAAAGGAAGAGCGGACUUAGAAGGAACAGCCGUGAUCAAUGCGCUCACGGUUGGAUGAUUUUCAUUGGAGAAUCUUUAAAGGAGGUCAGUAGAACAUCCCUUGAUGUCACUCGUGUGCAUCCUCGUUGCAGACAGGGCGUAAUUUGUAAAUCUUUUUCGUGUGCUAACCUCUUUCGAAAGAAAAAUCUCUACUUCUCUUUGAUCAAUUCAUUUGUUGUUCUGAUACACAUGUAUUUAUUUAGAUGCGGCGCAGGUUUUGGAUAAGUUCCACAA